AAAUCCUAUUUAAGAAGUUGAAGGAUUCUUUCAAAUUUUCAUUUUACAGAUCUGGAGAUACAAAUGGUUAAUUUAAAAUCCAAUCUGAAAAAUACAUAUUAUUAACAUUUGUUAUAGUUAGUCGAAAGGGGAAAUGCUCAGACAAAUUUUCUUUCUGGUCAUGUCAUUCUUGGUACAAUAAUAUUUUUGAACAUAGAAGAGGAGAAAAAAAUGUGAGAUCUUUAAAAACCACUGGAAGCCAAAAGUUGUAUAAAGCUUAGAGAAGAUGCUUACAUUUUGGUAAACCUCCACAGAAGUAACAAAAAUCUACAAUACACUCCCUCCAACUUUAGAAAAAGUGUCACCCUUUCUUCCCAUUGGCCCCUGAACUGCAGAGCUUACUUUACAUCACAAUGAAAGCUUUAUUGUUCAGUCCUCAGGGCAGGGAGUUGUAUUGGUGACAAUGACAAAUUUCAGCUAGGUAUCAAAGCUUGUCAGUAGUCUAAAGCCCCUGAAAAAGGGGUUCCUUCAACACUAGAGGACCAAGACAGAGAUCUACUUUUGGUUCCUGCUGGGUUUUGGAUUCAACCUGUAGAUAAAAUACCAUCACAUGUGUGCUCCCAUUCAGUGUUGGAAAUGGUAGCAUAAUACAGUGUUCUCUUUCAUUUAACAUUUUGAAGUGUUGCUAUAAGUACAUUACACAUUUAAAGAAAAAUAUGGGGAAAUCACUUCAUAAUCCUUCAUGCUCACAUCUCUAAGUAGUGCCUAUUACUAACUUAGAUGCGCAAAAUGGAUUAUUUAUUACUGAUCAUGCUUUUCCCAGGUGCAUGCUUGAGGCUGCAGUUUUCUAAGCCUCAUUUUCAGCCUCAAGCCACAUUUAAACAGAUUUAAUAAUCUCUCACUUUCUUUAGAGAUCUCCAGGAAUUAGAGUCCUGUAAAAAUGACUUGGGAUGUCUGAACAUUCUCAGCAUGUUCACUGAAUUUACAGGAUUUGCAAUAGAAGGGGGCAGCUUUUGUUUACAAUUGAUAUCAAGUCGAGAACAAUUUAUUUUAUAAGUAAUACACAGUACUAAAAUAAAUUGCCUGGUUGGAAUUGAGAACUGUCUGUCUGGGUUCUGCUAUACCAGGACAUCACUUGUGCAUUAUGCAUUGAAAUUGACAGAUACGACUCACCCUGAGCAAAUAUGGUUGUAUCUCUUUUUCAUCAUAGUUUUGGGUUUACCUCAGCUAUAGAGAGAGAAAGGUUAUUUUAUUGUGAAAUCUUUAACUGGUGUUCUAAUUAGCAAGAACAUUUCUGACCUGAGGCUCCUGUGGCUAGGUGGUAAUAUUAAACUCAAAUGGAUUUGUGGACUUCUUUUAUUCCAGAAAUUAUUGGAUGACAUUUCUAAUGCCUCAGGCCUUUGGGCAUCUACAUAUAACACACAAUUCACAUCCUAAAAAAAUGAUUGUAAAUCAUUUAUUAAAUAAGAAAUAAAUCUGUCUUAUGUGUGAGCAUAAGCCAAUCUAAAGUGAUACAUCUUCCAUCACUGAAAUAAUCAUUCAGUGGCUGCCCUGACAGACAAGGAACCAAAGUACAGAGAACAUCCUUGUAUCUAAAUUGGAAUGUCAGUAAAACUUGAAAAUAUGGUUGAAUAGCUUUUUCAGCAGCAGGGGCAUCUGGAGGUUGCCAGAAAAAUCAAGAUGGUGACCACAACCGUGUGAUCAAAACCCCAACUCCUCUUUACAUGUACCCGGAUGCCCCUAUUCAGCAGCAUAACUUAGGGCUAGGAUAGUCUGUUGCUGUCUCAACUCAGAAACCAAGCAUGGUAAGGUGUGCUUGGUAAUUGGAUAGGAGACCAGGGCAUUUCAGAGCUAGACUAGGAAACUUCUGAAAGACAUCCAGAAGGCAAUGGCAAAUCACUUCUGUACUGUUGCCAAGAAAACUGCAUGGAUGUGUCCAUAUAGUCACCAGGAAUCAGCUCAAACUCUAGGCAUCUUUUCUUGUUGCUGUUGCUGCUAUUAAAUAAUUGGUAGCUAGACUUCUUAGACAAUCUCCUGAAAAUUACCCAGAGAUCUAUUGGCACUGCAACUUCCAGAAUUCCCAGCAGAUCUGUAUUUUUGGUGCACCAAAUUAGGGAAGAUUAUACUUGGAGAUCCUAGUCUACAUUCUAACUGAACCUGCCUGAAGAUGCACUUCGUGCGUGAACUGGGGUAUAGGCUGAUUGUGUUGAUUAUUGGCAGGGGUAGGUUUAUGUUUCUCUUUUGAAGAAUCCCAUCUAUGUUUCUCUUACUCUUUGUAACUGCAAAUUAACCAGUAGUGCAUUAACAGAUAUAUUUGGCUUUGAUUGCUGCCUGCAGUCAUUUCAGACUAAAGCAAAAUGAAUGAGCAUCCAAAGAAAAGGAAAAGGAAGACUCUACAUCCCUCACGCUAUUCAGGUAAAUCACAUACAGAUUCUUCAGGAAUUCCAAAAUACAUAGAUAAUAGUGGCAUAUUUUCUGACCAUUGUUACAGUGUCUGUUCCAUGAAACAGCUAGACACCAAAGUUCCUGAUAACCGAGGUCGAUUUCAUAACACGGUGCCUAGCAUAGAUACUGAUGAAGAUGGCAGCCACGUGUAUGCUGGGACAUCUCAGUGGAGUGGGAUCCAGUCUAAUGUCCUGGGGACACACUUGAUGGACCCUAAAAAAAAAGAUAAAUCCACCAAUAAUGGAAUUUUUAAAGAUUCAUGUGAGUCACCUAUCUUCAGUGACAGUUUAACAGAAGAGGAGAAACCUUUGGACAUUCAAACUGUAGAAAUUUCCACUACUGAAGUCCAGGCUGUAGAAGUUCAUGAUAUUGAAACUCAGACCAUUUCCCCGGAGAAGCUUGAAGCAGAGGAUGCAGAGGAAAUCCCUCUUGGAAGUUGCAAGGUGCUUGAAAAGAAUCCUCCUUUGAACGUCAUCAUUCCGCCCAAAUGGCCCCUGCUUCGGGCAAACAGCAGCGGUUUGUACAAAUGUGAACGAUGCACAUUUAAUAGUAAAUAUUUCUCGGACUUGAAGCAGCAUGUGGUUCUAAAGCAUAAAACAUGCCCUGAGGGCAACAUCUGUCGAGUGUGUAAAGAAAGCUUCUCUUCCAAAAAGGUGCUUAUUGAACACUUGAAAAUUCAUGAGGAAGACCCCUACGUUUGCAAAUAUUGUGACUACAAAACAGUGAUGUUUGAAAAUCUGAGCCAGCAUAUAGCAGAUACGCAUUUCAGUGACCAUCUUUACUGGUGUGAGCAAUGUGAUGUUCAGUUCUCUUCCAGUAGUGAGCUGUACCUCCAUUUCCAGGAACACAGCUGUGAUGAGCUGUACCUGUGCCAAUUUUGUGAACACGAAACAAGCGACCCCGAGGACUUGCACAGUCACGUGGUGAACGAGCAUGCAGGCCGGCUGAUAGAGCUGAGCGACAGCUACAACAGCAGGCAGCAACAGGGCCAAUACAGUUUGGUCAACAAAAUCAGCUUUGACAAGUGCAAGAACUUCUUCGUGUGUCAAGUGUGUGGUUUCCGCAGCAGGCUUCACACCAAUGUCAAUCGCCAUGUGGCUAUAGAGCACACCAAAAUAUUCCCCCAUGUUUGUGAUGACUGUGGGAAAGGCUUCUCAGGCAUGUUGGAAUAUUGCAAACACUUAAAUAGCCACCUGUCCGAAGGCAUUUAUUUGUGUCAAUAUUGUGAAUAUUCGACAGGACAGAUUGGAGACCUCAGAAUUCACCUGGACUUCAGGCAUUCGGCUGAACUGCCUCACAAGUGCACCGAUUGCUUGAUGAGGUUUGGUAAUGAAAGAGAUCUUUUGAGUCAUCUUCAAAUACAUGAAACUGCUUGAGUGUUGUGUGUAUUUUCUCAUCUAGCCCAGAAUAAUAGCAUUUCAGAGUUUCCUCAGCAUAAAAAGCAGCUGAGUCUGUCGAAGGAUGGUGUAUUUCAUCAAACUUUUAAUGCGUAAUAGCAUGUACAAUUGUCUGGAAACCUAGUAUUAAGUCCUUUGUGCCUAUGGAAGGAAAUAAACGUAACUAUCCAGCUAAA